GCGGAGGGCGAAGGGAAAAUGGCGGCGGGGGAGGAGGAGGAGGGGGCGGCCGCGGCCGCGACCGCCGGUGAGGGGAAAGAAGCCGGGAACGGCGGCGGUUACGACGGCAAGUGCGCGUUCUGCAGGAUCGCCCGCCGGGAGGAGCCGGGCACGGCGCUGUUCCCCUGCCAGUACGAAGACCUGGUUUGCUUCAGAGACAUCAGACCCGGUGCCCCCCACCACUUUCUGGUGGUGCCGGUGGAGCACAUGGGAAACUGCAAAACGCUGAAGGCAGAACACAUACCUGUAGUAAAGAGAAUGAUGGAAGUUGGAAACGCUGUCCUCCAGAGAAAUAAUUUUAAUGACUUGAAUGACGUAAGGAUGGGUUUUCACUGGCCUCCAUUCUGCUCAAUAUCCCACUUGCAUCUUCACGUCCUGGCCCCAGCCAGUCAGUUAGGAUUCUUAUCCAGACUCGUGUACAGAAUCAAUUCCUACUGGUUUAUCACGUGCAAUGGAACGGUUGACUGGGGGUGCUGACCCUGGAUAGCCCUUUGCUUGCUCUUCACCCCCGACACCAGUGGGAUGGGAAAGACAAUGGGAAGAGCAAAAGUGAGAAAACUCAUGGGUUGAGAUGAAGACAGUUCAAUAAAUGAAGGAAAGAGGAAGGAAAAAAACCAAGGUAUGUGAUGCAAAGGUAAUUGCUCGUGAUCUCCCACAAGCAGGCCAGUAGCAGUGGCUUCUUCCCCCCCCCCCAAAUGCCACCUUCCUCACCUUUUAUUGCUGAGAAGAAAAAUUAUCUCCACCCCAGCCAGACCCCGUAUGUUGUCAAAUGUGCACAGAAGCAUAAAGGUCAACUUCUCUAUCUUACAUUUGAGAAGGGUCCCGCUAGUGACAACAAGACUGGAAAGGUAAAAAUCGGGGUAUAAUCUAGCUUCCCAACUUUGGUUGAUGAACAAGAUGGGGAAUUAAACUUUUCUCUGACAGCAGCAGACAGGCCUCACACCAGCUCAAAACAACAAAGCAUUCAACAGAGCCACGUUAAUUACUGAGAUGAAUGCUCAGUAUCUCAUUAGUGUUUUUCAGCAUAGAACCCUGUUCCAUUUUCCAUCUGUAUUGACAAGCAUUCUUGGACUUAGCAGAUAAUUUUUUUAAUUAGGCUAAGAAGUAUUUUCUGAAAAGCCUAUCCUCAUGCUUUGAAUAUGUUUCAGACUUACUGGCUAGUCCCUGGAAGAGGCAGUAGGCAGGUCCCGUUAACUAUGUCACCCUCUUCUACAGCAGCAUUUUAAAACUUCCAAAAUCAUCUGUAGAGCUUUCCAGUGAGCAAAGAUCAAUAAAAUACUCCUGGAGAGGGAACUCGGCAGCUCUUACUCUCCAAGAGCCUGGAGAAACAAAGGAAAAUUGCUUAGCCACUGCACCUGGCUCUGUUUUUCUUUGAUCCAGUAUUAGCAGUCGUAAGAAAAGCUGCUUUUUUGACUACAUGUUUAGGAAUGACAAAGCUUUAUUUGUACUCGUUUGCUCAAUUGUUUUACAUAAACUCCCAACCUAAUGCGAACCCAGAGAAUAAUGCUUUUAUGCUGAAGUACUAACUGCUCCCUCUGAAAGGAUGAAACAGAUAUACAACGCUGUUAAAUGUAGAAUAAAAAAGAAAAGUUUGUGUUUUGACUAAGGGCAACGUUUUCAAUGCGAUUAAAUUGAUAAUAGUUCCUCGAGCUCUUCUGAAGUCUUAAGUGGGAGUUGUAAACAAAAGCAUAAAAAUGGGAGCAAACCAGUGAAAAUUGUAUUUGAAAUUUGACAAACUUGGAGACAACCAAAUGCUGCAUAAAAACUCGCUGUCAUUUCAAACUGACAUGCAACGUUUAUUGAAGUGCUCAAAGUGCUUUCAGUGUUUGACAAAAUACAGAUAAUCCCCAUACGAUGUGCAGUCUAAAACAUGCAGAAUUCACAGGCUUCAAGUGGAGGAAGAGGAAAGACCACUGAGGGAGCUUGCCACAAAGAAGUGAAGUUUAGGAGAGGUUUGAAGAGCUGAAAGUUACUUAGUAGGGCAAGAACACCUUUUAGAAGGUCAGAGUUUACUUACUGCUCCAAAUAAUCCGUAAUAUGAAAAAAGCCUCACACGCUACAAUUUUUGUAAAAGUAAUUUAAUAAAUUCUGUUCUAUUUACUCUAAUGUGAGCCUGCUGCAAAAAAGUUGCCUGUUUAGAAGUUUAAAUUCCUGUUUCAUCUGUAGAUGCCAAUCUAAUCCCCACAUUGCAGAUGAGGGAGCUGAAUUUUGUAAAACUUGUAAACUAUUAGCUAAACUGAGUCAUGUGGAUUAGAUAUGCUGCGCUCAUGACUACAGAAGCUUCAGGAGUAACUUUUUAUUCUGGAGCGUACCAGUGGGCAAGCUGACAAAUUGUAUUAUCUAUCUUUUAGACUCCUUUUGAAAUACCAGCUAUUGCUGGGAGCAAGAGAUGGGAUUUGUCAACCUGCGUGCUGACCCAGUUUGGCAACUUGGUGUUUUAUAAUCAUUUGCAUGGGCACAAAGAAAGAUUUCAGUCACUCUUUAGAGAAUGCUCAUCUGAAGCUGGCAGGGAGGAAGUUUGGCCCUAUAAUUGUUUAAAAAAAUCCAUCCCUCUAUAUAUAAUCUUUUUUUAUAAUAAUCCUUGAUUUUAUUCAAAAUAUCAUGAUAGGGCAAGCUUUUUUUAGUCGCUUACAAAGUGGCUAAGAGUGUUUCAUUAGGGCUUACUCUGCUUCUAUCUGUUUUGAGCAGAGGUGUGCUUAAAGCGCUUGCAGAUGUACUCAAGUGAUAUUUAAACCAACCAGGAGCAGGAGAGAGCGCAGCAGCGGCCACGUACGUGUCUAACUACUGACAUGGCAGUGGAAGCCUCCAUUCCUGACACGUAACUAUUUGAGCCAACCUUAAUAAAGAACUAGUAAGUUUACAUGAGCUGGACUUGCAUCUUGGGGUGCUCAGGCUACACGCUGCCUCAACUGUGUGUCUUUUCAUGUAGUAUUUGUACAAUGUCUAAUAAUGUAUUAUUUUUCCUGAUAUUACCAUCCUGUUUAUCAGCUGGUGACACCUGAACCACCUGAUACUGCUUCCUGCAAGCUAUGAACUAAUGCUACAGCAGAAUUGACUGGAUUUCAAAAUCAUUAGAAUUAAACAAACUGCAUUCCACAGCUGUAUUAUAAAAAGCUUGAUUUGGUUUAAAAUCAAAAUGUACGUACACGCUUUAUCUAACAGGAGCUGAAAUCCACUGAGGUGUGCUCGUGUCAUUUUGGCAACAAAUGCUUUUCCAAAAACCAAAGCAUUUUAAAUGUGUUAAGAUCACAAAUUAUAUGUCUUGUUUUCAGCUGCAAGACAUAGAUUUGUUUAGGAAGAAGGAGUGGGUUUGAAAACAAAGGGCAUGCACACCAGCAGUGCCUGGUGCAGCACAUAUUGCCCAGUUUCCAACAUGGUAAAAUUAUGUGGUGAUUAAAACCCACCCUUGUUUCCCCAUCCAUGCUCUACCUGCAUCUGACUCCCCUGUCCCCCAGAUAUACUUAUUUCAACACAUUAAAUUCUUUUCUUUUUUUUCAUUGUCUUUUCACUAGGAAAAGGAGGCAGAGGGAUAACAAAAUCCGUAUUUUUAUUUGCUCAGUCAAAAGGCUUAUUUUGAUGCAAACCGCCAUUGGAUGAAAAUGUCAAAACAAACCCCCAUUCUUUCAGGCUUUUUGCAAAAACACAUUCUUUUCUAUAAAUAGCAUAAAAUAAUCUAUCAUUUUUAUCAAGUUCAUAGUUUAUAUUAAAUUUCAAUAUCCUUUCAAGGCAAGAGAAUAUCUUACUUUAAAGACCCACCAAGUAGUGUAGUUAAUACCACAUAAAAGCUUUUAUUUGCACAGGUAAAACCCAGAACUUUAUGUUUCUAAUUAUACAGUUUUCUUGGUGGGAACUAUUGUAAAUACAGCUCCUGAUUAUUUUUAAUAGCAUUAUUACAACUAUUGCAUACAACCAAUCCUUUUUUUUUUUUUCCCUAAACACAGAGAAAGUUUCCGCAGAAGAACCAUGAAGGAAAUUGUUAUCAGUCAUCUUUCAGUCUCAAUUUUAACUAGCUGAUCAUUUUUUCUCCCAGUUUGGCAAAUUCACAACUAUGCUCUGAAAGCACAGCUCUGCCUCAUAUAAAUGAGGUGUGGGACUGCUCCACUGUACCUUUAUUUAUACAUUUGGCACUACAGGAUCUCUACUCUCCUCCUCUUGUAAACAACAUUGCUACAUUUUGGUGAAAGACGAGAAAGAGCCACUUUU